AUGGAGGUCGCGAACACUCAUGCGCGCGGGUACCAACCCGAUACCUGUGAGCUGGGCGAGUUCUUUCGGUUCGGUUCGAUCGAGGACCCGCCGGAUCGAAGUUUGAGACCUCACCGGGUGCAAGUGGCGCUCUUGGACCGUCAAUCGGAGGAGGAGAGUCGUCGUCUGAACCUCCCGCACCACGAUGACUUCACCGAGCUGCCGAGGAGGAGGCGGAUCCAACUGCUGGAAAGCAUGCUGGACCCUGAUGAGGAGGCAGCGUUGCCGCCCCACCGGAAGCCGGAAGAGCUGCAGAAUGUGAGACAGGUCAGUACUCCCCGGGCGCGGCGGGAGUUCGCCAUUCGCUGGGGCGCGCUGCACGCGGCGCACCUCUCAAAGCGGCGCCCCUCGGCGGAGAGCCCUGAGAGCCCAGGCAGCACCCACGCCGGGGAGUUUGAGCUCCUGGAGCCGUCCACGGCGCCCAGGGAGAUCUUUCCAGAGCCUGUGCAGGCGCCCAGAUGGACCGCAGCGGAGCUGGAGAUCUUGGAGCGACCGAAGCUCGAACCGGCUGAAUCCUGGUGGGAGCAGAAGCGUAACCAAGAGGAAGAGGAGCUGGGCUAG